AUGCCGAAGCAGAGGAAGGGAGGAAGCGCUUCCACGGGGAGGUGGUCACUUGCGGGGAAGGGCAAAGGCAAGAAGGACGAUUUCGAGGGAUCGCGCGAUGCGGCGGGUGUAGAAGGUUUCGUGCCCGGUAUGGACGAGCUGAAGUGGAGAACGGUCAAGAUCGACGACGCCCUGCGAGGUGAAGCCGGUCUAGUAACCUUCGAAGAGCUGGAUGCCUCGGAAAUCGCUCAUCUCCUUCCCAAUAAGCCCGCUGCUGCCGCACCUACCAAGGACCAGGCAAAGAAGGGCAACAAGCGGAAGAGAGGAGGCAAAGAAACCACCACAACUAACGAGCCAAAGGAGGGGAAGCCAAACCCGAGCGGACCUGAAGGGGUGGAGUCGAAGCGCGCGAAGAAGAGGAGGAAGUCCGCCGAGCAGAAGGCCGCCAGGCAGCAGAAGCAGCAGCAGCGCGCGACCAACGCCGAUGGCGAGGCUGCCUCCACGGAUGCCAAGCCGGACGAAGAAGCCGUGGCCGAGGAGCCUCUGGCCACCAGCGCUCCCGCCAAGAAGGCGAACAAGAACAAGAAGGCAAACGCGAACAAGGACGUAGAGGGGCAGGGCACCACAAACGACGAAAAGAAGACGGCGACGGCAACGAAGAAGAAGAACAACGCCAAGAAGAACCAGCAGCAGAGGGAGAAGGAGAAGAAGGAGAACGAGUACGUGCCGGCGAUCGUGCCGACGGCCAGCGUGGAGGACUGGAAGCGGAAGUGGGGCCGCCUGAAGUCGUGGCAGCACUUCAACCUCCACCCGACGCUCAUGGAGGCCAUCAAGGAGUACAAGUUCUUCUCGCCCACGCCCAUCCAGGAAAAGGCCCUCACCGCCGCCCUGCGCGAGGACAAGGACGUCGUCGGCGUUGCUGAAACGGGUUCGGGCAAGACGCUGGCAUACGGACUGCCCAUCCUGCACAAGCUCACCAAGAAGCGCGAGCAGGAGGAGCGGGACGGUGUGGAGAAGGACCGCCGACUGAAGGCCCUGCUGCUUGCCCCGACGCGCGAGCUGGCGGUCCAGGUCUCCGACCAGCUCAAGCUCAUCGCCAAGCACACGCCCAUCACCGUGGUGCCCGUCAUCGGCGGUCUCGCGCCGCAGAAGCAGGUCCGUCUCCUGUCCAAGAAGCCCGAGAUCGUCGUCGCCACUCCCGGUCGUCUGUGGGAGCUCAUCAACGGGGGUGACCCGUUCCUGGGCGAUUGCACGGGUCUCGAGUUUUUGGUGAUCGACGAAGCCGACCGCAUGGUGGAGACGGGCCACUUCCGCGAGCUCAAGUCCAUCAUCACCCUCAUCCAGCACCCUGCCAGCCGCGAGCUCAUCGUCCUCCCCUCCACCCCGGAUCUGAGGAAGGUGCUGCCCCCGACCGAGGUGGAAAUCCAAAACGGCGAGGAGGAGCGAGACGACGUUAAGGCCGAAGAUGACGAGGACGGUGAAGACGUGAAGGAAGAGGAAGGAGAGGAAGAGGGGGAGGAGGCCGAAGAGGAAGAGAAGGAGGAAGACGAGGAGGAUGUUGAAGUCAAGGAGGAAAAGGACGACAAUGAUGAAGAGGAGAACCUUCCCGUCGUGGAAGACGAGGACGACGAAGCGGAGGUCAAAGAGGAAGAGGAUGAGGAUGAAGACGGCGAUGAUGCUGCGGAGGAGGAGGAGAAGGAAGAGGCGGUGCCGGGGGAGCCCGCCAAGGAGUUCAAGCGACAGACGUUCAUCUUUUCGGCCACGCUCACGAUCGCGUCGCAGGGUCGAGCCAAGCUCGGACCCAAGCCCAGCACCAACAGCAACAGGGCCGCCGUGAACGCCCUCGCCCAAGUUUCGAAGUUGGUCGGUUUCGAGCGCGAGAAGAAGGUGAUCGACCUGACGACGAAGAAGGUGGUCGUCUCGACGCUCGAGGAGGCCGUCAUCCAGUGCCUCAACGAGGAAAAGGACUACUACCUCUACUACUUCGCGCAGCAGCACAAGGGCCGCACGCUGGUCUUCUGUAACUCGAUUUCGUGCAUCCGCCGCCUCGUGCCCAUUCUCGGGCUCCUCAACGUGCCCGCCUGGGGUCUGCACGCCUCCAUGCAGCAGAGGCAGCGUCUGAAGAACCUCGAACGGUUCCGUAACUCGACUGAAUCUAUUUUGAUCGCCACCGAUGUGGCGGCUCGUGGUCUCGACAUUCCUCUGGUCGACCACGUCAUCCACUACCAGCUCCCGCGAACCGCCGAGUUGUACGUGCACCGCAGCGGACGUACGGCCCGCGCUGCGGCGAGUGGUCUCAGCGUGAUGCUCGUCGGACCCGACGACAUGAAGACCUACCGUCAGAUAUGCUCCGUCCUUCGCAACGGGCGUGAGGUGGAGCCGUUCGUGGUGGAUCGCGGUCUGCUGCCGGGCGUGGCCAAGCGCGUCAACCUGGCCCGAAAGCUCGACGCCGUCAUGCACGACGUCCGCAAGAAGAAGACCAAGAAGGACUGGUUCCAGCAGGCCGCCGAGGAGAUGGACAUCGACAUCGACGACGACAUUUUGUCGUCGGAGGACGAGGAGACCAAGGACGAGAGCAUCAAGAAGCAGCGGGAGAUCACGGCCCUCAGGCAGCAGCUGGACGGCCUGCUCCGCCAGGCCCUGCUCCCCAAGGGCGGGUUCACGACGUUCUUCACGCGAUCCCUCUUCUACGACCCCAACCGGCUCUCGGAGGAGAUCUCCAAGGCCGCCCUCAACGGCCCCGCCGCCAAGGGCAAGAGCAAGGGCGCCCAGGCUCGUCGCAGGAAGGGCGGCCGCAAGUAA